AUGUUCCCGUGUAAUAUUCCAGACCUCCCAGCCAACAGGGAUGAUAUCUUGUGCCAGAACUGCAGGAAGAAGCACGACCCUCGCUUCUGCAUUGGACCACUUAAGGAUGGUAGAACCAACGUCUGCGUUCGGUGCGGCACGAAAGGCCAUCUUUUCGAGGUCUGCUGCUUCGAUAACGAAGAUGUGGACGACCGGCACGACUUCCUGUACUACCCGAGGCAAAACCUAGCCCCGGCGGCCACCAAGGUCGACCGUACCGACAUCGAAGCAGUGCCUGGCCGGCACUUCAUGCCAGUCCUGACGAGGGACAUUGCACAAGCUCAGGACGAGGAAAGAAGAGAGCGGCACAAGGCACGAGAGGUGGCACUCACCAAGCGGGACAUCGCAGCGGGCAGAUGGACUGAAAAGCAGGGGAGGAUCAAAAUCAAACGCUGGUAUUACAAAGUGGACUGGGAGAACAGGCCUCCGCUGCAUAUCGAGGCCCUGAUGCGUCCCGAAGAUGCCGAUCCCAACCAGGUGGACAUGCAUCGUGUUCCGCUGCCUUCCCAGCCCUACCUGGACGAGAACGGGACGAAGGUCAAGAAGGAGGAAGACGAGUGA